AUGGCCGGUCAGUUACGAAUAAUCACAGUACAUCGUAGGUCGAGUAGGGUAGAAGCCACGUACGAACAGCUACUGAGAUUUCGAGUGAAAAAUUGGCAGCUGUACUUUAUUCUCGAUUCUUUUCACUCACACUCUUCCAUUACCUCCCCUUUCCCUCCUACCUCAUCCCUGCACGUCUGCACUCGCCAGAGCCCAACUCUAGCGAGUCACUUACGAGAUAGACGACCGCACAGAGGUCUACUCAGGCCUAAGACAACGGGACGCAAGACCCGUGAUUCUCAAGCUUCGUUACCAAUGUCGCAAGUGCCGGUCUACUACGGACACGAGGAGCUGGUCCAGGGCAAUUACGAUAAGUAUCCUGGAGGAUACUUGCAUGCGUUGGUUAUGUCGAGGGUUCCUGCGUCGCCGAUUACGGAGAUGAUACUGAGUCCGGCUGAAGCGGUGCUUGUGGAGAGGCAGCUUGCUGAGAUUUUUGAUUAUUUCAUUGGAAUAUCAGGAGUACUCGAAGGGCAAGCUAACGCAGGACAGCCUAUCGACUCAUCCUCGUUUAUGGUGAAAUCUUUCUGUGUUAGUUCAAGGAGGUACCCUUAA